AUGACCUCCCCCGACAAAAUGUUUGCGUACAGGGCGGGUUUCAGCCCAGAGGGUGGGAAGCAGGCCGGUGUCCACCCCGUAGAUCCCGGAGCCCCGCAGGGACCUGCGUUACGCCUUGAAAGGGGGGCCCCCGGGUUCCUGGACCCCGAGGGCUUCGAGUCUGAGCGGCAAGUGAUGGAGGUGGGAGGGCCCAUGCUUUGGAGCCGUGAAGGCCGACCUGUCUCCCCGGCCGACGACAAGGGAGAUGCUGUGCACUACGCAUUCCACCUCGCCGACGAGUCUGUAGUGGCGGCCAUCACACAGCAGCAGCUGAGUGUCUGGUGUACCCCGGGUGGGCUCAGAAAGCCAUUUCCAGAGAGCUACGCCUCUGAGGGCUCGGUCGAGUGGCCAGGCCCAGAGGCAGGGCCCGGUGGUAGGGGCAUGCUUGCCCUUGGCUGUGUGGAAUCGCAGGCAGCUUCUGCCACCCUGCGCCGGCUGGGUGAGUUCCACGAGCACUGGGCCUGGGAGAGGUUUUCUAAGAGAGGCAGUAAGAGUAGGCAGAAGGUUGGUGUGGGUCGCCAGCGGCCCUGGGCAGAGGGCCAGACUGGGACGCCUUUGGACCCCAACUCAUCAGAUGAGUUGGGUGAGAUCCAGCUGAUGAGGAUGAGGCUUUACCCCAAAGAAGGAGGCCAGGCCAAGCCCAGCAGCCCCAACGAUUCCAGGGACACACCCAGACACUCGAAUUUAUACCUCAGGGAGAAUUUCCCUCAUGUGCCAGGCUCUGUCCUGUCCUCAGCUCCCCUAGGGUUCACUUCAGCUGUGGAAAGGCAGGCUCUUGGCCAGGUGGACAUCUCUACCGCUAAGAAAAUGCAGAGUGUGUUCUGGGAGAAGGUGGGGAGCAGGCCCAGCUACCCUGGAGCAGGAGUGGGAACUGCUGUCGGCGCGGCCAGCACAGGUGGCCUGCACCAGGCCACUCCUACGGAGAAGGUGGCCCAGGGGAAGAAAUCUCCAGAGGAUGUCUCCAAAGGUACCCUGGGGAAAACCUUCCCUUCCUGGGGCCAGAGAGUCCCGGCAGCUCCCCUGGAGACAGCCACCUUUCCCCCAGUCUCUGGGGUUCCACUGCCUUGGAAGUCCAAGAGGUAUUCGUUGGUGCGCUUGUUCGCCAAACACUCCAAGAACAGGGGUGCUGGGAAGAAUUCUGUGGCCAGGAGGACAGGAGAGUUUGAGCUGCUGGUGGGAGGAGAUAAUGAUCCAGAUGGAGAUCCAGUCCCAAAGGGCCAACCUCCAACAUCCAGUCCAGGGCCAUGCUGUCUGUGUAUGCAUUGUGGAGAAUGCCACAUUGGCAACCUGGACACCAGAGCCCCCCAGGUUCCAGGAAACUCACAGCCCUUGACCCCGAUCCAGGAAGACAUCAUGCCCAGAGGACCGGCACCCUCUGGUGACCAGGAACCACUUGACGUCUCCCCAAGACAAGAAAGGCAGCAGCAACCUGCUGGAGCACAGGGAUGUUGUCAGUGUGUGGUGCUACAGAGAGAAAUAGAUGAGCUUAAAAAGCAACUCGCGGCCAUGCAGUCCCUGUUUGACAAGUUCCAGGCCCUUUGA